CAGCUGUCAAAAUCUUGCAGCAGAUUUUUGUCGAUAUCGAAGUUGAAUAUUGUUUUUUAUAAUUAAAUCUGAUUUGUUCGGCUUUUGUUGCAGCCCAUGGGUGCUUGAUAUUUAUCCGCGCAAAUACACGCCAGUUUGCGAUCACUGCUAUUACCAGACAAAAUGCCAGGCACAAAUCUCAUAGUGCCGGUAGUGCUAUGGGGCAAGCAUGCUCCUACCCACUGCAUUUCCUCCAUCUACCUGUCCCGCGACCAGAAGACACUCGUAACCGGCUGCUAUGACGGCCAGAUCUGUAUCUGGCAGGUGCACCCGGAGACGUUGAAAAUGACACCUAGGUGUUUGCUGGUCGGGCACACCGCUCCGGUUACGUGUUUGUCCAGAGCUUCGAUUAUACAGGAUAACAACUUCAUCGUGAGCUCUUCGGAAGCCGGUGAGAUGUGCACUUGGGAUCUGGUCGAUGGGAAGUGUAGAGAGAGUGUUAAACUGACUCAAGUACACACUAAUAUUCAGGCUUACCACAUGUGCAAUAGUGAUGACCUCAGGCUCUUCUGCAAUGGAUAUUAUGCGGAGAUACUUAUCAUGGAUCCAUUUUCACUGGAGAUUCUCUUCUCGCUCAGCUCCAAAAUGAAUCCUGAUUGGAUAUCUGCAUUGCAUGUUUUACGCCCAUCAUCUCGUAAAGACGACGUCGUUCUCGCUAUAUCCAUUACUGGGACUGUUAAGGUCUGGUCACUCCUAGGCCACGAGAACAAGCAGUCGGAGCCGAUAUACGAGAACGAGUCGAAGCAGAUCCGUUGCCUCAACGCUUUGUCUCUUAACUGCUGCGCAUACAACCAAAGGACCGUGCUAAUCGUGUGCGCCAAGUAUUGUCAGAUAUACGACGCAGGCGAUUUCUCAGUCCUCUGCUCGAUACAAGCGCCCCAAGGCGAGCGUUGGAUGUCAGGGGACUUCCUAGCACCGGACCGGAUCCUCGUAUGGUCCACAGAAGGCAAGGGAUAUUUGUACAAACUGCCCGCCAAUUCUGUGCCUGAUCAUAAGGGUUUCCAUGGACCGACUGUUGACCACGAUAGCCCUGUGCUAUACAGCAUUCUGGCUCACACCAAUGAAGAGCUGCUAUCGUGCCCGCCAGCCAUGCGUUUCGUAAUCACCUCCGCCGGAGGCACGAGCCGCCGUCGUCUGUUACGAGGUGACUCGGCCGGCGUGGUGUCGGUAUGGGACGUCGACCAGGCCGCUACGGCCGUGCCUGACCAGAUGCCGACUCAUCCACCAAUAGUGAUGACGAGUUUGGAGAUGGCCUGGGCGGAAAUGAACCCGCAACCCGUCGGGAUCUUGGACCAAUUGAACCAUCCGGAAGACCCGGAAGUGAAGCUAACAGCAUCGAUAUACCUACUAGCAGCCAACCGACUAGUAGUAGGUCGUGACGACGGUUCCAUAGUGAUAGUGAAUGCAACGCACACUGUGCAACUGCAAUUGUUGCACGGCACGCACCAGCAGUAUGACGAUUGGACUCGACACCAAGUACUUUUAGGACACAAUGGUAGGGUGAACUGCCUUCUCUACCCCCACCAUAUACACCCUAGAUACGACAAGGCGCACCUCGUCUCCGGAGGCAUAGACUUCGCGGUUUGCCUAUGGGACCUGUUUACUGGCAACUUACUGCACAGAUUCUGCGUGCAUGCUGGAGAAAUAACGCAGCUUAUCGUGCCGCCCAGUAAUUGUACUGCUCGCAUACAGAAAUGUAUCUGCUCAGUGGCGUCGGACCACACCGUUACAUUGCUCAGUCUAUCCGAGCGCAAGUGCGUGACUCUGGCCUCCCGCCACUUAUUCCCGGUCGUCAGCAUCAAGUGGCGGCCCUUGGACGACUUCAUGGUGGUGGGCUGCAGCGACGGCACCGUCUACGUGUGGCAGAUGGAGACCGGCCAUCUGGACCGGGUGCUGCAUGGCAUGAUAGCCGAAGAAGUGUUGGCAGCGUGCGACGAGACGCUAGCAGACGACCUGGGCGGCUCCCUCGCGUCGGGCACCAGCGACCUGCAGGGACUGGCUAACCCCGCUGUCCAUUUCUUCAGAGGAUUACGCCAUCGCAACGUGGCCGCUAUGCGAGCGGCAACGCAAAGAGGCCUCGCUGCGUUGCAGGGCCCGGGCCACGCGAGCAACGCCGGGCCGCUAGCCGAGCCCGCCCGGGCCAGGCGGGCUCAGCUCACUAUACAAGGGUUCCGAUCUAACCCCAAAGAUCCUGAGAGUCACAUCCUAUUCUUCGACAUCGAGGGUCUGAUUGUGGAACUCCUCAGCGAGGAGUAUUCUGCCAUGAGUCCGGCCAGCUUAGAGGCUGCCGGUCUAAUCACGAGCGAGUACAUAAGGGUGGCAGCACUGACGCAGAGCGCCAGUCCGGACGCGACCAAACGGAUAUCCGAUUUCUUCGGACGAGUGAAAGACAAGGCUGGCGAUAUGGAACGCCUGUUGAAAGAGAAGGACAAACAUGGUAUCCUGGCCAAGAUGAAGGAAGGCGCUGAGAACAUGCAGGUGAAGUUACAAGCGAAGGCUGAACAACUGAAAGGGGCGUCAGAGAAAGAUGAAGGCACCCCAGGCAAGAGGCAGAGACCCAAAGACAUCGCAAUGGCGGAACCUCCGCACACAAUGGAAAUCGCCCAGAUCCUGAUCUCGUUGCUGCACGCGUGGGGACUCGAUCCGGAUCUGGACCGCGUGUGCGAGGCCAAGCUUGGCCUGCUGAGACCUAUGCCUCCGCACACGAUGGCGAUCGCCCAGAUCCUGAUCUCGUUGCUGCACGCGUGGGGACUGGAUCCGGAUCUGGACCGCGUGUGCGAGGCCAAGCUUGGCCUGCUGAGACCCAUGCCUCCUCACACGAUGGAGAUCGCCCAGAUCCUGAUCUCGUUGCUGCACGCGUGGGGACUCGAUCCGGAUCUGGACCGCGUGUGCGAGGCCAAGCUUGGCCUGCUGAGACCCAUGCACACGAUGGAGAUCGCCCAGAUCCUGAUCUCGUUGCUGCACGCGUGGGGACUCGAUCCGGAUCUGGACCGCGUGUGCGAGGCCAAGCUUGGCCUGCUGAGACCUAUGGCAAGAAGCUACAUAUUGUUUCCAGUCCUUUCUUCAAUAUCUCCAAUUCUUCAGUCUUCAUACGAUGGAGAAUCUAGCUGCUGCUUGCACCAACCUGUGUCUACUCCGACCCAUGGUUAA